CGGUCAGCAAGCACACUGGGAUUGAUGCAUGUGGCACGUGCUCGAUCGCACCGAGGUGCCUUGAAGACAGCGUUGAAAACCCCUCAUUUGUGAUGACCAAUACAGGCAUCAAGCCCCCGUACAGCCCAACCCACCUGGCUCCUUGCCUGCGCUGCCCCGAAAACUUCCACUUGGUAACUUCCACUUGGUGUGAAACCAGCAGACAUUAUUAUGGCGACAAGAAACUCUCCAGAUCUCCCAGCUCUCACGGGCCCUCCACUGAAGCCAGGUAAAUACGUCAAGCUCUCUGUCCAUUUCAAGAAACGACCCGACAUCUCGGACGAGUACUUCUUCACGUACUGGGCCAACAACCACGUCUCGGCGUUCCUGGCCACCACUGUCGGCCACGGAAAAAUCAAAGGCUACAGCCAGCACCACGUCACGGCCGAGAUGAAGGAGAUGGCCAAGGGCCUGGGCAUGCCGGUCCUGGACUGCGACGGCGUCUCGGAGCUCUGGGCAGAGUCCGCCGAGGACUUCAAGGGGCUGUUUGAGCUGCCCGAGGUGCGCAAGAUAGCGGCGGACGACAACCCCAUCUUUUCCCUGCCCCCGGACUCGGUCGUCCUGGGGUUCGACCACGUCAUCUGGGACCGCAGAGAGGGCACCAAGGAAGGGACGGAAUGAAGAUGCAUCUAAUAUGUCUAGGCAAGGCCGCUUCUGGUGAAUUCUACGACAGUUCUUGGGUCUGGGAUAUGCAUGCAUAUGAGAUCAAGUAUCAGCUAGGUACGCACUAGGUCCCACCAACCUGCCCAGUAUCCUUCCCGUCGUUCCCACUGCUGUCGUUUGUGAAGCCACUAAAGUCACUCGAGUUCCUACCAUUGUAUGUCUCUCGCUGCACUAUCGUUGCCUGUGCUCGUGCCGGGACAAUUCCCCCCUCGCCAUACGGGCCAAGGCGGGCUUCUAUAGGCAGCCAAUCGCUGUCGUCGCCGUCUUUGAACACUUUAAAGGACGACCAGCCCGGGAGCCUCGAGAGACUGUCGCUGCGGGAAAGGCGGUCGAAGUCGGCCUUGACCCCUUGCCACUCGUCGGUCGAGUAAAGACGAACCCAGGACUCUCCCCGGUCAUCCAGGUGGAAGACGAUGUGGAACGAGGCCGUCAUGAUGGCGCCCCCCGCCCCGUCCGUCCUGUUGGCGAGCUCAACCUUUGCGUACCUCAGGCCGACCCCCACGAAGCGCCUGGCGGCCACGUCCCAGUACUGCGGCGGCGCCGCCUGGGCCACGUGGAGCUGCCAUGGCGGAGUACCCGAGGUCAGCUCGACCCAGUCCGUGUCUUCGGUGUAAUCUUCGAGGUCCCCCUUCCAGAUGUCCAUGUAGGCGUCGAACGUCAGGAUGUAGAAGUCUUCCGUCAGCCCCAUCUGGCCGUCCGCACCGUCUCCCGUUAUGACGCAUCGGGGUAGGGGUCGGUAGUCUGAGAUCCGCAUAUAAAGUGACGGCGCGACCCAUUCGAGAACCAUGACGCACUGCCUCGGGUUGGUGACUGUCGCUGUGCAGUUUAGUUCCAGUAUGUAGUAUGGUUUUGUGAAGCCGAUGCUGCUGCAAGGGAUGAGAUAGGCGUUCUGGACAAGCAGGCCUCUGUUGGUGACCGAAAACGUGGCCUGACUCCACCUCUUAUCCAUGAACGGGUUCGGUGGCCAGAAAUCGCGCGAGCCGUCAAACGCGCUUGGGGAUACGGGUAGCACAUCCCAGCCAUACCAACAGAGCUUUUUCGCAUAGUUUGAGCUUGAGCAAAAUAUAGACAUGUCAUUGGACCG